UGUCACCCCAAGGUAAUUUUCUGUGUCAUUUGUCGAAAGAACUCCACUGAAUACUCAAGAGGCAAGGUUUAGGCUUGAACAUGUGGACCUUUUUGUUGCUCACGCUGGCCUUUUCUGCCACAGGAAUGACGGAAGACAAUGUCAUAGACCCAGCUAUUGAAGAGAGACCUGUAAUAGCCAAGGGCAUACUAAAGGCUCCAAGUGUGGUUGGAUGAGCCAUCAAGAAGAUGCCUGAGCUCUAUACAUUCCUUAUGGAGCGAUGGGCAUUGUAUCACAACCUGGAAUAUGAUUCAGGAGAGGAGAAGAAUCCACGUCUGAUCUUCUAUGAUGAUAAGGAUGAGGUUGUUCAGACUGUCCCUGUGAAGAAGAUGAAGGUGGAUGAGAUCAGUAGCCUGCUGGACUCUCUGGGUUUCUACAAGAGAUCUCAGAAGGGGGAGGACGUGCCAGAGGAGUUUCAACACUUUCCCCUGAGAGCCCCCAGGGACGAGUUGUGAGCACAAUGACAUCUGGUGGCCAGACUCUGUCACUGCAUCCAGUCACAGAUGAUGAGAGGGGUCCCAAGGCCACAACAUAAGCCAGGCCCUAAUUUGAGAACAAACGACUCGGUGCAGCUGUGCAGAGCAGAGCCUACCACACUGUCUCUUUUAAAAUAUACAUUUGUCAAUAAAAGUUUAAACAAGUUAUGUAGAAUGUAUCUCAUGCUGACUCUGUGGUAUAAUAUGCUGUCUGUCUUCCAUCCAAACAAAACGUUGUACAGUAGUUUCAGCAGGUAAUGAUAGCAGUUAGCGUACCAAAAAGGUAAUGUUGACUUCAAAGAUUACCUUCAUUAAUCCUGAACCUAUUACAGGGUACUUUUUCAAUGGUGUUAUGUAUACUGAACAAUAAUAUAAACGCAACAUGUAAAGUGUUGGUCCCAUGUUUCAUGAGCUGAAAUAAAAGAUCCCUGAAAUGUUCCAUACGCACACAAAAAAACGUAUUUCUCUCAAAUGUGUUUACACCCUUGUUAGCGAGCAUUUCUUCUUUGCCAAGAUAAUCCAUCCACCUGAUAAGUGUGCCAUAUCAAGAAGCUGAUUAAACAGC